AUGUCUUCCCAAACUUGGAGUCGUCUUAUUCGCUUCAUUGACGAUAAUGGCAAUGAGACCUUCGGCGAGCCUCUUGUAAAAUCUGAGACUGAGCUUGAGCAGCUCCUCUCCAGUCAGAAUCUCUAUGCUACCGAGUUCAAGGGACAGUCUCCCACAUCAGAACUCGUGAAGGGAGAGAAGGUCCACGUCAAGGCUAUCCGUGAUAUCUUGAAGCCCUCUGAUGUACCUAUAAUCCGAUGUAUCGGUCUCAACUAUAUCAAGCACAUCAAGGAGGGCGGUCGCACUCCUCCCCCUUACCCUUCUGUUUUCAUCAAACCCUCUACUAGUAUUGCCGGCCACGUUGAGGAUAUCCCUAUCCCCAAGGUUGCCCAAGAUGGGACUGUCGAUUAUGAGGGUGAAUUAGCCAUUGUCAUUGGCAAGACCGGCAAGAACAUCAGCAAGGAGGAUGCCCUCUCCCACGUUGCUGGCUACCUGGCCGCCAAUGACGUCUCCGCCCGUGCCUGGCAGCGCGACCCCAAGAAGGCUGGCGGCGUCCCCCAAUGGUGCUUCAGCAAGGGUUUUGACAAGUUCGCACCUCUGAGUCCCAUGAUUGUUUCUCCAGCUGUUGUCGGAAAUGCAUCGGACCUCCACCUACAGACAUUCGUCAAUGGCGAGGAGCGUCAAAACACUAGCACCGGUGAUCUUCUGUUCGGCGUUGAAGCCAUUGUCAGCUUCGUGAGCCAGGGAACCACCCUGGAAGCUGGUACCAUCAUUCUGACCGGAACUCCCUCGGGCGUUGCUAUGGGAAUGAAGGAGCCCAAGUAUCUGAACGAUGGCGAUGUCGUGGAGGUCAGCAUCAGCAGCUUAGGGCGCGUAAAGAACAAGAUGGCUUUCGAAUAA